GCGCAAGAACACAUCCCCUGUUUUUUCUCCAGUCAGAGAGAGAUCGAAAGUUUUUCGUUUUUCGGCGAGAGUUUGAUGGAGGAGAAGGCGGCGGCGGCGAUGGCGUGCUACCGGAGGACGGUGGGGGAGGAGGCGACGUUCAAGGAGAGAUCCAAGGACCUUCUCCGGCAAUUCAAGGACGCGCCGGCGGGGGACCACUGGGUCUGUCUCAAGAACAAGGUCCGCGCCGCCGGCGAGUACGCCGCCCUCCGGACUCGCCAGGGCAUCGCCAUGUUCGGCGAGCCCAAUGUAGGCAGCCUCUUGGGAGGCGCCAAGGACGACGACUGCAGCAAGACGCCGUCCGCCGAGCAAUAGACGAAUGGAGCAGUAGCAUCUCGAAUUCUCGAUGCCAGAGGCGAAAAGCGCAAACUCCAUAAAUAGUGUUUUCUCCGUCUUCAAGUUUUAGUCGUUGCUGUUAAUUAACCCAGGCUUCAGUGUGUAGUUAUACCUUCUACUCUUUGGUAGAAGCUAGAAUAUUAUUGCAUCAAUAGCUAUCGGUAAAUUUUCCCGAGGAAUUUUUGUGGCUCUGUUUUAUUCUUCAUUAAUUACAAACACUGAAUUUUGCUUCCAACUCAUUCUUCAUGCGAGUUCUCAC